AUGCUGCGCAUAGAAACGAAACCGGCUGAUUCAAAUGAAUCGAAUCAUUUGCUUGAAACUCAAAUAAAGUCAUCAAACGAUCAACCACCUCCGUUACAACAACAAACUAAUCAACAUCACCGUUUACAACUACUAGCUCAAGCGGUUGAAAAAAUCGAAUAUGAUUGUUCAAAAAAAGAAAAAUUAAUGGCAGUUGGCGGAGUGAAUAAAAAAAAUGAAACCAAAAAAGCAAACAACCAAAAUUCUCAUAAAAAAUUUAUGCUCAAUGAUAUACCAGUUGAAAUGAGAAAAAUGUCAUCAUCAUCAUCAACAAAUAAUCAAAUUCAACAACAGGUUGCCGAACAAUUAGCUGCUUUAUAUACAGCAACAGCAUCUACAUCGAAUGGAAUUGAAAUGACUCAAUCACAACAAGAUGUUUUACUAAAAAUAAUUAUACAACAAAAUCCACAAGCAACAGCUGUAGCUGCUGUAAUUGCUGCGGCUGCUGCUCUUCAACAAAAACAAAAUUAUGAAACAUCAACUCAUCAAACUUUAUCACCACCGUCAACUAGCGCUUCUUCACCAUCACCAACAAAUCCGCAUAAUCAGAUUGAUAGUCCAAUUGAUUUUUCCUCACGUCAAAGAAAUAGUCUGGAUGAUGACGAUACGAUGAGUAUCAAAGAUAGUGAUAAUGAAGGAAGUGAAAUAUCAUCGGUAUAUCAUCAAGAACGAUCACCUGUUACCACAAGAAAUUUGCCGUCUCCUCCAACAUCAGAAACAGCUGCAUCCAUGUAUGAUAAAUUGUUAUUAUCGGGGAUGAUCAAUACGGUAUCAACACCCCCCACAACUCCCAUUUCAUCAAGUAACACAGCAUCUGUUUCCAACUCUUCAGUAUUUCCAUUUAUGAUGACAAAUAAAAAUGGAAAACCAACGCGUCCAUUCAAAGCGUAUCCGCGAGAUCCAUUGAUGUUAUCCUUAGGCUAUUGUUCUCCACUACUUCAAACAUCUGAACAUCCCAAUAAUGUUUUGAAUAUGUUAGCACAAGUUCAACAACAGCAACAGCAAUCCAGGUCUGUACCCUCUACUCCAAACGAUAUAAAAUCACCGGCAUUCUCUCAAAAUCAUCGUCAAUAUCGAAAACGUUUACAACAUACACAUGAACGUCUUCAACAACGUUUAAAUGAAACACACUUGAAAACUUUGGCUGUUGAUGGUAAUCAACAACAACAACAACAACAGCAAAAGCAACAACAUUCACAAUCAUCCACUUCACCCACACAACUUCCACCUAAAAAACGUCAUCGUUCACAUACAUUGAUAAUUGACAAUAACAAUAAUACGAAUAGUACCAGUUAUAAUGAAGAUCCUCUAAUAAAUGGAUUUCAGUUACAAUCGUCACAAGAUGCUGAUCUAAAUGCUACGAAAGAUGAAGCCUAUUGGGAAAGAAGAAGAAAAAAUAAUGAAGCCGCGAAACGAAGUAGAGAUGCACGAAGAGCAAAAGAAGAUGAGAUCGCUAUUAGGUAA